UUAAUGGUACAUCCAAUUUACUAUUUCCGCCUCAUAUUAUUUGCAACGAUUAAACACACAUAUAACACGUCAAAUCGUGAUAGUAUUUUAAAACAUGUAUAAAAUGAUGUAUAUGCCCUUGAUAUCCUUAAAAAUACUUUCUUUAAGACGGCCAACACAAUCUGAAGUGUUAUAGAGAGAAGAGAGUAUAACUGUAAUAAGGACCCUCAAAUCCCGGAAAAAUAAAAAUAUAAACCCUGAAAAAAAAUCAUAAGAAAAGUCUUCUUAUUUUCUUUUUUUAUAUAUUAAUAUUUUUUUUUUGUAACAGUGCCCCAUAUUAAAAAGCUGAAAAGAAGCACCAACAAGAUCCACCUCGAACACCCCUCCUCCACCACCCACCACCACAUUUUCUCUCUCUUUCUCUCCAUAACCAAUUGUUCAAUAAGCAAUUUUUUUUAUAGCAAAAUUUCUGUUUAUUGGGAUUUUAUUUUAUGGAAUUAUCUCAAUUGUCUCCUUUUUAUACAUAUUUCUUCAAUUAUCCUUAAUAAAACUCUCACUAAUCUUCUUCACUUGUUGUUGUACCCACAAAUAAUUUUCCCACCAAAAUUGAAAUUAAGCCAUACCCAUUUGAGACAAUUAGAUGAAUUUGUUUGGGUAAUUGUUGAAUUUUUUUGGGUAAUUUGAAUUUUUGUUGUUGAAGGUUGUGAAAAGUUUUUGUACCAAAAAAUACACAUACACAUAUAAAAGAGAAAAAAAAAAAAAGAGAAGAUGAGAGAAGAGGAGUCAAAUUGGUUCUCCAAAUGGGACGAAGAGUUACCGUCGCCGGAUGAACUCAUUUCUCUGUCGCAAACCCUAAUAACUCCCGAUCUCGCCUCGGCUUUCGAUAUUCGAAGCCCCGGGAACAACGGGAAUACCCCAAUCUCUAUUCUCCACCACCACGCAACGUCGUCGCCGCAGCUGCUCAGCCAAUACCACCACCACGGGGGGCAGCAGCAGAGCAGCUCGGCGCCCCAGCCGCCCCCUAAUCAACCCAACUCGUCUGAGUUUGACUCGUCCUCAGCCGAGUUGGGCGGGGGCGGUGGAGGUGGUGGUGGAGGAGGCGGGGCCACUUCAGGGGGUGGGGGGAAUGACGAGCCAGCUCGAACCCUGAAGCGGCCCCGCCUCGUGUGGACCCCACAGCUCCACAAGAGAUUCGUGGAUGCUGUGGCCCACUUGGGUAUCAAGAAUGCUGUACCCAAGACUAUAAUGCAGCUGAUGAGUGUUGAUGGUCUUACUAGAGAGAAUGUUGCAAGUCAUCUUCAGAAAUACCGUCUUUACUUGAAAAGGAUGCAAGGUCUUAACAAUGGUGGCGGAGCCGGAGGUGUAAGUGGUGGUGCUGGUGGUCCUAACGGUGGAUCCGGUGAUCCUGCUACUGAUCAUUUGUUCGCGAGCUCACCGGUUCCGGCCCAUUUCUUACACCAAAAUGGGCCCGGCGGUGGCGGUGGUGGUAGGCCCAAUUCAGACCAUUUUUUGCCGUAUAUGCCGGUUGCGGCCCUUAAUCACCAUCAGAUGGCGGCGGCUGUGGUUGGUCAUCAACAGAUUCAGGCCCAAUAUCAGCAUCAUCGACAGUUGGGCCAUUUUGGGUCGGGUCAAGGUGGUGGGCAGUUUGAGCAUCCGUUUUUGUCAAGGCAAGCCCAAUUGGGCCCAAAUAGAAAUGGUAUGAUGCAGAGUAAUUCUGGGUUUGUGGAAGAUGUUGAGUCUGGAACAGCCAACAAUGGUGGCAGGAAAGUCCUCACUCUCUUUCCUACAGGAGAAGAUUAAUAAUUCUUAAUAAUAAUAAUAAAAAAAAAAAAAAGAUUAUGACAAACAUUUCAUCAAUUUCCCAAAAAAAAAAUGAAAAAAAUUAUAGUUGUUGUGAUUAACUUGGGAUUAUUUGUUGGUUUCUAGUUAAUUAAUUGGCAAUUAGUGUUUGUUGAUGGGUAAUUUAGUCAUUUUUAGAUAGGGUGUUAUCAUGGGGCAGUGUUAAUUCUGGCUUCUUUGGACAUAAUUAAGCUUAUAUUAAUAUUAUUAUUAUUAUUAUUAAUCAUGGUGUAAUUAAUUAAUUAAGGAAGGUUUAUCUACAAUAUAGAGAGAGGUGUUAUCAUUUUCACUUCUGUUUAUAAUUAGGCUUUUCUAGUGACGGAGUAAAAUUGAUCAUUAUGUCACUUUUUGGAGAAGCAGCCUGCAAUCAUACUUGUUGUUUUUGAGUAUGUGAUCAUGUGCUGAUUAUUCUUAGUUUUCUGAGGCCUUCUUUUAUCAUUGAGCAAUGAAGAGGCAUCAUAUCAUAUGUAUAAGAUUAUGUCAUAAAUCUUGGUUGCUAUACUGUCGGACCCGGCCAUCGACAGCCUUUUCCGGUAAUGUCUGGAAAAAUAAACACCUGCCUCCUCGUUGAGAUGGGGUGGAUGUUUCGACAGCCUUCAUCUAGUGUCUAGUGACUGUAGUCCCAUAUCAUGUAACAGUUCAAAUGUAGUUUUAAUUUUUUUGUUGCCAAUGUAGUAGUAGUACUAUCAUGUAGAUGUGGUUCUUUCUUGUUGUAAAUUGUGUCAUUCAAUAUAUUAAAAGCCUCUGAUUUUCAUUACUUGCA